AUGUCAGAUCAACCUGCCAACCCAAUCACACGCAACGAUGCGGCUCGUGUCGAUAUGGAUCCUGAACGAUUGGAGCAGCACAUUAAGCGGGCACAGGAAGCGAUUGCCAAUGACAAGAAGGAAGUGCCGGAAUUUUGGGUCAACAAGUACAAGCGAGAAGCAGCCAAAAACUGGGACCUCUUUUACAAGCGUAACACCAACAAGUUUUUCAAAGACCGGCAUUGGACUGACCGAGAGUUUGAGGAGCUUGCUUACAAGGCUGAUCAACAAGAGCAGCUCAAAUGCCUCGAAGUUGGUUGUGGUACUGGCAGCUUUAUCUAUCCAGCUUUGGCAGAGAAUCCCAAUCUUUUCAUCUAUGCAUGCGAUUUCUCCAAACGAGCUGUUGACUUGGUCAAGAGCAAUGAGCAAUAUCAAGAAGGCCGAUGCAAAGCAUUCACUUGCGAUUUGACGGCGGAUGCAUUGACGGAUAAUAUUCCUGCCGCUAGCUUGGAUUUGGUAUCAGCAUUGUUUGUAUUCUCAGCCAUCCCAUCCGAGAAAAUGGAAGCAGCCAUCAAGAACAUAUACAAAGUAUUGAAGCCUGGUGGAUGUGUGCUUUUCCGCGAUUAUGGUCUUUACGAUGAGGCACAAAUCAAGUUUAGCGUGGCAUCGGACAAGAAAUUGGAUGACAACCUUUAUGUGCGACAGGAUGGCACCAUGAGCUAUUUCUUUUCAGUGGAAGAUCUUGCAUCACGAUUCGAAUCGGCUGGUUUCAAGACCCUCAAGAACGAUUAUAUCUACCGUGAGACCACCAACCGGAGGCUCGAGAUGAAUGUGGAUCGUAUCUUUGUGCAAGCCAAAUUCCAAAAGCCAUUGUAA